UCAACUGCAACGCAUUGACAUUUCCGAUUGUCAACUGCGCCACCCAGCAAGAACAACAUUUUACACUGUAACAGCGGAAAAACGACCAUAAUUUGUGAAAAUAAGUGGUUUUUUGCCGAAUUUUCUACAAAAUAGACACACUUAAUUAAUAAAAUUACGUUGUUACAAUGUCAGAUCUCGACAAGUGGAUAGAAACUGUAAAGGAGUGUAAAUACUUGCCAGAGAAUGACUUAAAGAAACUCUGUGAUAUCGUAUGUGAGAUUUUGCUCGAGGAGUCCAAUAUACAGCCUGUUAGCACGCCUGUCACAGUAUGUGGUGACAUACAUGGACAGUUCUACGAUCUGGAAGAACUCUUUCGUACAGGUGGUCAAAUACCUGAUACCAACUACAUCUUCAUGGGCGAUUUUGUCGACCGUGGCUACUACAGUCUCGAAACACUGACACGUCUGAUGACGCUGAAGGCGCGGUAUCCUGACCGCAUAACGCUAUUGCGUGGUAAUCACGAGUCCCGACAAAUUACCAAAGUAUAUGGGUUUUUUGAUGAGUGUUUCACCAAGUAUGGAAACGCUAAUGCAUGGAAGUACUGCUGCAAAGUGUUUGAUUUGCUGACAAUUGCUGCGAUUAUCGAUGAGGAAGUGCUUUGUGUACAUGGUGGUCUCAGUCCGGAAAUUAUUACACUCGAUCAGAUACGCACAAUAGAUCGCAAUGGUGAGAUUCCUUACAAAGGCGCCUUCUGUGAUUUGGUUUGGUCAGAUCCAGAGGAUAUGGAUCUAUGGGGCCAGAGUCCGCGCGGUGCAGGCUGGCUUUUUGGUCAGCUGGUUACCAAAGACUUUAUGAAUAUCAACAAUUUGGAGUUGAUUUGUCGUGCGCAUCAGCUCGUCAACGAGGGUAUUAAAUAUAUGUUCGACAGUAAGCUUGUGACGGUGUGGUCGGCGCCAAAUUAUUGCUAUCGUUGCGGCAAUGUGGCAGCUAUUUUGAAUUUCAAAACCGCCAAAGAUCGAACAACUAGUAUUUUCAAUGCAGUGCCAGAAACAGAGCGCGUUAUACCACAGCAAAAUACUACACCAUAUUUUUUGUAAAUAUGUAUGUAUGUAUGCAUAUAUUAUUUUGUUUGUCAACCCCGCCCAUGAACGAUUGCUCACUGCUGAGUAUUAUCUGCCUUUAAUGUUUAAGCUAUGUUCUACAUACUUUUCUGCACUCUUUUGAUAUACUCGAUGUACCAUAAAUUUUUAGUAAAAAGCUUCUGAGAAUACCAAUAUCUUUUAUGCGAAAAUAUUCCAUCAAGUGCAAAUGAACCGUAUAGUUUUGUAAUAUUCAAAACGAUUAGCACAAUUGCCAUUUUUAAUUACAAGGCAUCAUUUGUUUGUAAAUGCAUAUCAUAA